CCAAUGGCGACUACUUCGGAGAUCCCAAAGCCGAAAUCGGAACUCUUGCCGUCGAUAGUUAUGGCGUAUUGGUUGCCGGCUAUCCUAUUCUGCGCUUCCAUGUUCUUCCAGCUUGUAGCCAUCCCUCGUUCUUUCCCUCCUUCUCAUUACGACGUUCUAGGGAUCAAGAGUUACGGCUCAAUUGAACAAGUGAACGAGGCCUACCGACAGCUCUCUUCUAAGUGGAACACAGGGAAGGGACCUUCUUCAACCCUUGACAUGAUUAAGAUUCAGUAUGCUUUUGAAGUUCUGAGCAAUCCUGUAUGGAAAAGGGAUUAUGACAUAUUUGGCCUUGAUGAACAUCUUCAUGUAAUGGAAAGAAUCAAGGAGAAAUACUCUAGCGCAGAGUUUGCUGACAUUCAUCUUCCAUUGCUGGAGCCUACUUCAUUUGAAUCAGAUCAGGCUUUUGAUGUCAUUUCAUCGGAGAACUAUAUUUCUAAGCUACAAAACAGCAGCACAUUGCUUGUUCAGGAAGACAAAAAUAUUGAUGAUACCUUACCCCUUCAUAUUGCUAUUUGUAGUGAUACAUCCAUUGUUUGGGAUGAAUCAGGAAAUCUAACUUCACUGCUAAACUCCCCAUGCAUUAUGGUUUGGUUUCAGGUUUUCUCAAAUGGGAGCAGCCGCUGUGCCCAAUUUUCUAGUCCUUGGAAACAGAUUGCUAGUUUAUUGGACGGUAUAGCGCAAACUGGGAUGAUUGAGAUAGGUGAUCUUAAGCUUGCAACUUAUCUAUCUGAGAAGAGAUAUACAGGAGCUCCUUUCUUUCGAAAUGGUCUUCCUUCACUUCUGGCUUUCCCACCUGGGUGUAAAACUUCGGAUUGCGUUGUUAGGUACACUGGAGAAUUAUCUGUUGAUGCUGUUACGGACUGGUUUGCAACAACCAUACUAAGCUUACCUCGAAUUACUUACUACUCUAGGGAGUCUUUGGCACAAAGUUUUUUGGAAAAAGGCAGUCGGCAUAAGGUCAAAGUCAUUUUCGUUUCAAAAACAGGACAGCGUGCCACUCCGUUCGUGCGCCAAGUUGCUAAAACUUAUUGGUCUUAUGCCUCAUUCGCCUUCACAGUUUGGCGAGAAGAGGAAUCUGUCUUUUGGUCAAAUACGUUUGGGGUGGAAGAAGCUCCCGCGAUUAUUAUUCUGAGAGAUCCUGGCGUCAAACCUGUAGUGUACCAUGGAUCAAUUAACAAUUCAAGACUCAUCGAGAUCAUGGAACAGAAUAAACAUCAAGUGCUUCCCCAGUUAAGAAGUGCUACAUCCAUGGAGCUAGGUUGCGAUCCCAAAGGCUACUCACGUGCUGGCAACGACACCACGGUUUGGUACUGUGCUGUCCUUUUGGGAAGGCAGAGCGCAGAACUCCAUAAAAUGCGUGAAACCAUGCGUAGGGUCCAAGAGAUACUAUCAAAUGCUGGAGAAGUAGAUCAACUUGAUCAACACCAAAGAACGACAUCAGCCACAGUUGCAUUGAAGGAAAAACGGUUGACAUUUGCUUGGGUUGAUGGUGAAGCACAAAAGAGGUUCUGUUUGUUCUAUGUAAAUGUGGAGGACAGCUAUGAUACAUGUGGACCUAGGAGGGAUAUAGCAGACGUGCCACGAUUAGUGCUUGUACGUUACAAAAGGAAUGAUACGGAAGUGAAUAAGAAAGUUGACAAUAACUCGAUAAACAUGUUCGCUUCAAUUGCUUCUAGGGAUGUCGAUCCCACAUCCCAAUUGGUGGCACUAUACAAAGGUUUAGAUGAAAUUCCACAGAUAAUAAAAUGGAUCUCUGAAACGGUCAGGGACGGUGACUCCAGAGAUCUCCCCUUUCAUAGAACGUCAACUCCUGAGCUGGUACCCGAGGAUGCAGAUCCUAUUUGGUCAAGAGGUAGAGAGCAAAUUCUUUCGUCAAGCAGGGGAAUGAAACAGAAGCUUGGAACCAUUCCUGAAAGAAUCAGUGAUCUUAUGAGUGAUCCAAGGCUUGGUCCAAUGUUGCUUUUGGGUGCAUUAAUGUCAUUUGGCUUCAUUUAUCUCCGGAGGAAUCAGCUGAUUAAAUCGAAGGAGGCUAAUAAUUCAAACCAGCCAAAAUCUGCGGGUGAUGGCCGACCAGAAAGGAGAAGGCGACGCCCAAAUAGGCUAGCAAACCAGGAUCUGGCUCCUACCCUUACCGACAUGCAACCAUCAAACGCUUUCCAGAUUCCAUUUACGGAUUCUGAUUCAGAGUAAAUUCUUGAGUUCAAAAGAGCAAAAAGAAACUACAUCAAACAAGAGAUCAGAAGUUUUAGGCCCUAAAUUCCAUGGCUAUGUAAAUCUCACAUGGUCUCUAGUUAGGUACCAUAUAUGUGACCUUAUAACUAUGUUCAUAGUAUUUUGAUCAUUCUAAUUCUGAAUCAUUUUGGUUAACUUAUCAUUUGAUCAUAAUUAACUCUUUUAACAUUUAUUGUUUUGUGGACCUUUUUUAAGAGUUAUCAUCAUCAA